AUGGCCCUUCAGCUGAAAAGCGUGGAUCUUCAGCAAAAAUCAAAUGCAGCAGCCCACAAUACCAGUGACUUCAUCACCAAAUCCCUCAUUGUAAGAAGAGGUCAGACCUUUACAAUACAACUGGAUUGCAGUCGAGAUUUAAAAGAUGGAGAACGUCUGGAUUUAUGUGUGGAGACAGGUCCCUCUCCAACAAAAGACAACAAUACACAGGCAGUAAUGCAAGUCUCCAGCUCUGGCACAUCAUCAUCAACAUCAUGGAGUGCAACCCUUGGGUCACGCAGUGGUGGAACACUGCAAGUUAUUAUCAGUAUUCCAGUCAAUGCUGUUAUUGGACGUUACCAGAUGACUGCACAGCUGACAGCUAGUACCACAAGUUCCUUUCCAGUAGGAGACUUCAUUGUUCUUUUUAACCCUUGGGCAUCAGGGGAUGAGGUGUACAUGAGUAAUGACGAAGAAAGGAGAGAAUAUGUCCUCAAUGAAACUGGAUUUAUAUUCCUUUCUUCUGGGAGAAUAACAUGGGAUUAUGGACAGUUUGAGGAGGAUAUUCUGGACAUUUGCCUUCUUUUGCUGGACAGGAGUACAGAAUACAGAAGAAACCCAGUUUCAGCUGUAGCUAAAAGAUAUAACCCUAUUUAUGUGGGAAGAGUUUUGAGCGCUAUGGUCAACAGUAAUGAUGACAACGGAGUUCUAGUUGGAAACUGGACUGCAGAUAUGUCAGGAGGAGAAGCUCCUAGCUCCUGGAGUGGAAGUGGCACAAUUCUUCGUAGAUGGAGUCAAAAUGGACCUGUCAAAUUUGGACAGUGCUGGGUGUUUGCUGGAGUACUCUGUACAGUACUGCGGUGCCUGGGGUUACCUGCCCGUGUGAUCACUAACAUUGAGUCGGCUCAUGACACAAACAGAAACCUGGUGAUUGAAGAGUAUUAUAAUGAAGAUGGAACGAACAUCCCAUCCCCUGAUAGUGUGUGGAAUUUCCAUGCUUGGAAUGAAGUUUGGUUUGUUAGAAAAGAUCUUGGUUCAACCUAUGAUGGGUGGCAGAUUCUAGAUGCAACCCCACAAGAAUUAAGUGAAGGCAUCUAUUGCCUUGGACCCACUUCACAAAGAGCUGUCAAACUGGGAGAUGUGAACUUAAACUUUGAUGGAGUAUUUGUAUUUUCUGAAGUAAAUGCUGAUAAAAAAACUUAUGUCAAGUACAAAGAUGGAAGGACCGUCCUUGUUCACACUGAUACUACAUCUGUGGGCCAAACCAUUAGCACCAAAGCAGUAGGUUCUUCUUCUCGUGUGGAUGUAACAAAUGAUUACAAACAUACUGAAGGUUCCAGUGAGGAAAGAGAAGUAUAUUUUAAAGCGCAGAGACAGGUAGCAGAAUCAAGCACCGGAAUUACGGCUUUAAGUGCAGCAUCAUCAGUCAAAAAGGUAGCAUAUGCACCAAAAUCCCAAAUCAUUGUCACUUUAAAGAUGAGUGCACAGCCACAAGUUGGUCAAGAUGUCACAGCCAUGCUGAAUCUGAAAAAUGCCUCCUCUGGCCACAGAAAAGUCAAGGUGAAUUGGACUGCUACUGUGAUUGUAUAUAACAGAACUCCAGUGAAAGAAAUACUGAAGGAAUCCCAGGCUGUCUCCUUGACUGUUAAUGAAGAAAAAGCUAUACCUUUGAAAAUACUGUAUUCACAGUAUAAAGACACCAUAACUACUAACAAUAUGAUCCAUAUUGUGGCUGUGUGUCAUGAGGAAAAAGGAGGAUGUCUUUUGGUUAAUAAGAUUAUCAUCUUGAAACACCCGCCACUGGAAUUAAAGGUACCGUUCAUACUAUAG